AUGAAACAUGCAGAUAUUUUGGACCAGUAUGAAAUGAACAUGGCUGAUGGAAAUAUAACACCUGACGUUCUAGAACAUUUAUCUCAAAGAACUACACAGAACCAUAGAGAUGGUAUAUUUGGUGAAGAGUUUAGAAAGAAAGUUAGGGAGAGAGAAGGAAGAGAACCUAUUGUACAUGACCUUGCAAACGAAAGUUUGCAAAAUGUCAUAAAAACUUACUUUGCAGACAAUGAACUGAGAAGGGAUGAAUAUUUAAGAAAACUCAAAUGGACAGUACCAAAUGAAAUGUUAGUAUUGAAAAACAUGUUCCUUGACAAAAUAAAACCAACUACAGAAAUAAAUGACGCAAGACUGAAACAUUGGGUAAAAGCUUUCCCAUUCACAAAAGAUAUUAUUGGUAACAUGGAAAGAAAACCAGAAUGGCUACAAAAACAUAUAUUUGGAAACGAGCUUAUUCCAUAUGGACAAGCUCUGUUUGAAGAGCUUGAACCGGAAACUCAGGAAAGAGUCAUGCAAACAAUACGCGAAGACUCAAAUACAAACUAUGACAAAAUCUUUCUAGGAUAUAGGUUACCUGAGAUGGGCGACCAGAGCCCAAAGGCAAAAAGGACAUGGGAAAUUUACAACAUACUAGGUGAACAUGAGGCAAAGAUGCAACAACUUGAAGCAGAGGGCAAGUUACCAAAAGCGACACCAAAGAAGAAGAGUAGAACAAAGUGA